AUGCUAGCUGAACGCAACUGCCAUAGUUGCACGGAGCACCGGAGCCGGCAUCGACGGCAGCAACAGCGGGACUGGCUCCCUCCGCCCGGCCUGGAGUUUUCUGUGGAUGAGAUCAGUCGGGAGCUGGUCAAACUGGGCGUUUCCGAGACCUCGCCAAGCCGCCUAAUAGCCAUCAAACGCGAUUUGGACGAACUCAUCCGCCAGGAUCUUGAGAUGGCUCGAUCCCAGUCUUCAUUCGAGUCCUCUGCUCCUCACUAUCCCCAUCGGCAUCGCCAAGCCCUCACUAGUAGCGGCUCUACUGCUUCCGCGGACACGGGAACCUGCGACAAAAAUUCGUCCAACAUCAACCGAUCGAGUUGUCGUCAACACCGACCAAGUACCCGGCCCGAUGCAGAAGGCGACUUCCCUUCCUCCCGUAACUCUGCUCCACCCUACGAGCACAGCCAUCGUGGUCACGACCAGCGGCCUCAUCAUCAUCAUCACCAUCAUCACCGCCAGCAGCAGCCUGUGGAAACAGGACAUCCCGACGGCCAGUCAAAAUUCAAAUUCCACUCACCUCUGCAGUCGGCCUCGCUAGAGAGUCUGGAGUCGCGGUUGGAUUAUCAGAGCUGGUCAAGCCAGUCGUCUACCGUGAUUGCGGACGAGAGCCUCAAUGACCUUCUCUCGGAGACUAUUUACGUGCAGGAUGAUGAUGAUGAUUAUGAGGAGGAGUUGAAUGAGGGAGAGGACGCCGUUGAAGGGGAGGAGGAGAAACGGGGCACCGAAGAGGCUCGGUCGGUGGAUUUUGAAGAGAAGGCGGUAAACGAGGUUCUUGGGGGUUAUCAACUUCUUACUGGCACCACCUCCACCCUGUCCUCUCACGACCUUUCUCCCGUCUCUGCCCCUCCGAGUCCCCGCGAAGGUUGGUUGCGCCUGCCAUAA